AUGGCAAAUCUUGAAAAUUUAAAAGAUGAAGAUAUAAAAAGUGGAACAGAAAGAAUUAUACUUAAACUAAAAAAUGAAAAAAUAAAUGAAAAUAUAUUAAAAAAAACAAUAAAAGAAUAUGAAGAAACAUUAGAUGUUACAUCUGUAUUAACAAAAAAAUUAAAUUAUAAAAUUAUGAUCCCAUUUUCUAAAAUAGCAUUUUUUGAAGGUCAAGUUAAAUAUACAAACAACAUUUAUCAAGAUAUAGGAUGUAAUACAUUUUGUGAAAGAACAUCAAAACAAGCACAUAAUUAUUUAAAAAAAAAAUUAGAUUUUUAUAAAGAAAAAUAUAAAAUAGUUUCAAAUUCUAUCAAUAAAUUAACAAAAGAACUUGAAUUAUCUCUUGAACUAACACAUGCAAUCAAAUUAGAAGAUCAAGAGAAUAAAAAUAAUUCUUUUAUAAGACCAGAUGGUUUUUUAGAAAUACGAGAAGAAUAUAAUGAAAGUGAUGAAUCUGAUCAAAAUUAUUCACAAAAUUUAAAAAAUGAAACUAACAAUUCUCCAAAAACAUUAAUUAAUAAUAAAAAUAAAUUAAAUAUAGAUCAAAUUAAAAAUAUAAAUUGUGAUUUAAAAUGUUAUGACCAUGACCAAAUAAAAAGAGAAGAUAUAAAAAUUAAUCCACAAAAUUGUGAAAACAAAAAUACACAAAAUCAAAAAGAAACAAAUCAAGAUGUUAAUACACUUAUAAAUCAAACAACUCCAAAAAGUUUGAAUGUAAAUAAACAAGGGCUUCUAAACAUAUCCGAGAGAUACAUUAGUAGUAGUGAAAGUAGUGAAGCGGAAUAG